GGCAACGCGUAAUAACUUAAAAUCCAGCAAACUCGAAUGCAUUUGCGUAAAUUAAUAAUCAUAUAGAACGUUUACGAAGAAAUUAAUUAUAGCAGUGUAUAACUCACUGGCGAAGUGAAUUUCAUAUAUUCAUAGUUUCGGUGACCUCGUCAAACAAUAAUACGUUACUACGUAAUAACUAUUCCAAUGAGUCAUUCCGAAUACGUAGGCGCCAUAGAAUCUAUAAUAGAUUAUAUUACGCUGUAAGAUUAUACAUGGAAUUGUUUGACAUGUGGUUUCAUGUGCUUGACAGUAAGUCACGGUUAUUGAUAAAGGAAACCAAUAAGGAAUCGAAUACUCAUAAUGUGUAAUCCAUGUAUAAACAUCAAUAUUAAAUAGCCGCCUGGUGAUAUUAAUCAAUAUGCCCAACCUAGGAAAUGUAUCUUAAAAGUGGGGAGCUGUCAUCACGUUGACCUCAUUCAAUUACGUAUCAAAAAGUUAUACAUUAACCGGUGAAAACAUCACUGAUUUCUGAGCACGUUUUGUUAUUUGUUAUUGUUCAAAAUGCAUUCGCUUACCGAAGGAGCAUUAGAUAAAAUAAUGAAUGGCAUUGAUGUUGAUAAGCCUGUACUCCAAAUUUUGGGACAUAAAAAGCUUGCAAGUACAAAUAGUGGGGAACGCUAUAGACUACUUGUAUCCGAUGGAAAAAGCAUAAACUCAUUUUCAAUGUUAGCUACUCAGUUAAAUUCAAUGAUCACAGAUAAUAUACUAACUGAGUUUUCUAUUUGUCAGAUAAAUAGAUAUGCAAUAAGUAUGGUGAACAAUGCUGGGAAACAAAAACGUGUGAUGGUGAUAUUAAACAUCGAUGUAAAGGUUCCUGGUAAUGAAGUUGGCCAUAGAAUUGGUAAUCCAAUUAAUGCUGACUUUGAAGGUGAUUCUAAGCCAGCACAAUCAGCACAACCAGGACGAUCAGUACAGUCUCCACCCAAGCAAAAAAAUAAUUAUGCACAAAAGAGUAGCACAAACCAAGCUUCUACGAAUGAUAUAUCAACAGUUCCAAUUGUUGCACUGAGUCCUUAUCAGAAUAGAUGGGUAAUAAAAGCACGAGUUGUUAGUAAAUCUGGUAUUAGAACAUGGAGCAACUCACGUGGUGAAGGAAAGUUAUUUUCCAUGGAUAUAGUUGAUGAGAGUGGGGAAAUCAGGUGUACAGCAUUCAGAGAUCAGUGCGAUAAAUUCUAUGAUAUGCUUGAGGUUGGAAAAGUAUAUUAUAUUUCUAGAGCCACUUUAAAAACAGCGAAUAAACAGUUUAACAAUCUUAAAAAUGAUUAUGAAAUGACUCUAAUCGGAGACUCAGAAAUCAUUCCAUGUUAUGAUGCUGGAAAUGAAAUUCCUUCCCUUCGGUUUGACUUUAUGCCAAUAAGUCAAGUCGAAAAUAAAGAAAAAAAUGAUAUCAUGGAUAUUUUGGGUGUUGUUAAGUCUUGUAGUGAUCUUCAAGUAUUAACUUCACGAACCACGGGUAGAGAAAUGAAAAAGAAAGAUGUUAAUCUUGUAGAUGAAAGCAAUACGAUGGUAUGUCUUACAUUGUGGGGUUCACAAGCUGAAGAUUUUGAUGGAUCCAUGAAUCCGGUUCUAGCAAUAAAAGGAGCUCGAGUUGGUGAAUUUAAUGGAGGGAAAAAUCUAUCUACUAUUAGUUCCACAGUUCUUCAAGUUGAUCCAGAUAUCCCAGAGGCGCACAGAUUACGUGGUUGGUUCAAUACAGUCGGCCGCAAUGAAGAAAUCAGAGCAAUUUCUAGAGGACUUGGAGAUGCUGGGGGUGGUGUAAGUGGACCGUUCCUCACAUUCAAGGAAGCUAAAGACAAAGAGUUAGGUUACAAUGGUCCUGAUGUAUACACAGUCAAAGCAACUGUGAAUAUGAUUCGCGUUGAAAAUUCUCUUUACAAAUCCUGCCCUACUGAGAGUUGUAAAAAGAAGUUAAUUGAUCAAGCUAACGAUAUGUACAGAUGCGAGAAAUGUGAUAAAGAAUUCCCCAAUUACAGAUAUCGUUUAUUAGCUAGCUUAAGUUUAGCAGACUGGACAGGUCAUCAAUGGGCCACAGCAUUCAGUGAGGAGGCAGAAAAAAUGAUUGGUAUUACAGCUCAAGAACUUGGAGAAUUAAAAGAAAAUGAUAAUGAAGCAUUUCUCGAAAAAUUCGCUAAUGCAACGUUUAAGAGUUUCAUAUUUAAGUUACGAGUUAAAAUGGAAGAAUUCAACGAUGAAAAGAGGUUGAAAGCAACUUGCCUCGGUGUAUCCCCGGUGGAUUACAAAGUCUAUAAUGAUCACUUAUUAACUCAAAUCAAGGAACUAGCUGGUAUCGGGAAGGCUUAAACCUUUGGUUAUUUGUAUUUGUAAUACAGCUGUAUAAUUAUUCUAAGUUCAAUUUUUGUAUUUAUAAAGCGAGUAUUUUUUAUAUUAUUAAUUCAUUUUGUAUGUAAUAAAAACAGA